AUGUCGGCUCCAGAUGAGGUUGCCAAUCUCCUCCAGUCGCUCCAGACGUUGAAGGCUCCUGGGGUCACGAAGACUAAGAUCGAGGCGAUCACCGCGCUCUGUAUCGCAAACAUCAAGUCCGAGUCUGCGCUCGUGCAUAAAAUCGCCUCUCACUUCCAGCGCACUCUCCCAACGCAUAAACUUGGCGUGCUGUAUGUCGUAGACUCAGUAACUCGACAAUGGAUCGAGAAAGCAAGGCUAUCGGGACAAGCGCUCGGCGCAGCCGCUCCCGAGGGAACCUUUGCUUCUGGCGUCCAUAAGAUGACCGAGCUGUUACCCGUAUUGAUGAAUGAGCUUCUUCAAGUAGCCCCGGACAACCAAAAGGAGAAAAUCAGCAAACUGAUAGAUAUCUGGGAGCGUGGCAGCACGUUCCCACGACCGAUGCUGGCCGGGUUCAAAGAGAAACUCGCAAGCUCAUCCAGCCGUAAGAGAUUCUUGAAACGAGUCGACUCGAUGUCCGUUCCUAACGAAAGUCCAACAGUCCUUCCGCAAACUUCCACCCCCGUUCCGGCAAACAAUCCUGUAGGAUACCAGCAGACGGCUCCCGCAGCGGCGCCUCAGCAAACUCCUGCCGCUCAGCCGGCUAAGCAGCUAAGUGCGGUAGAACUUCUCGCGGCAUUGGUUCCGCAGUCUCAGCAAAGUAUACCGCAAGCACCACAACCCACGCAACCACCUGUUCCCCAGGCGUCCAACUACGGCCGUCAACAACCACAGCCAUCGUAUCCAGGAGCAGUAAACGGAUCCAAUGGUUUCGCUCCGCCUUCGCAAGGAAUAUCGUAUUCAGGACCAGCACCCGCUCAACCAGCCGCGCAAUCAACUGCCGGCGCAGCUCCACCCAACGGCAAUGCGCAUCCGGAUCCAGCACAGCUCUUGAAGCUUCUUCAAGGGCUUGCUGCCGCCAAUCUCCCUCCGGAGCAGAUCGCGCAGAUUCUGAGUUCCAUGGGUGUAACCCAGCUUCCAAACCUCGCUCCCCCUACUCCAGCUGCGCAGUAUCCUCCAUCUGCACCGCAAGGUCCCGCAGAUUACAGCAGACCAGAUACCAACGGUAGCCAAUAUCCUCGCGAUCCUAGGGCACCGGACCGUCCGGACUAUCGUGAACCGCGGGGACGGAGUAGGUCUCCGGAUUAUCAACGUCGCUCCCCUCUCGCUCGCCGGGACAGUCCGACAUACGGCGUGUAUGACCCAAACACGGUGGGUCGAGAAGGCCCGGGCCAUGGCUAUGAUCGUAGGGACCGCGGCCCUCCGAGGCGAGGCGGUGGUGAUUACCGGCAGCGUAGUCCCAUGGGAUCCGGACGCGAUAGACAGCCCACCCCGCAAGCCGCACCGCCGCGUGCUCCCGGGCAGAAGUUCAUGGACUGGGAUCGAUCAAUUCCCCGGAACCACAUCAAGGUAUUGAGUAGGACCCUCUUUGUAGGCGGCGUGACCGGCAACGAAGGUGAGAUCCAUCGCAUCUUCUCCCGCUUCGGCACCGUGCAGAGUGUCAUCGUCAAUUCUGAACGACGCCAUGCGUUUGUCAAGAUGGCGAAUCGACAGGACGCGCUCAACGCGAAGAGUGGCAUGGAUAGGGAAACAGAUCCGGAGGUUUUGCACAAAGCUAGAUCGACCCGAUGGGGCGUAGGUUUCGGCCCUCGCGAAUGCAACGAUUACAACUCCGGCGUCAGCAUCAUCCCCCUCGAUGCACUCACCGAUGCCGACCGCAAAUGGAUGCUGACCGCCGAAUUCGGCGGCUCGGGUGGCCGACCGAUCGAGUCAGGCAUGGUGGUCGAAGAGCCCGACAUUGAAAUCGGCGCCGGCGUCUCCUCCAAAGCCAUUUCUCGCCGUGUCGUCGCCGACCCGGGCGCCCCGCGACGAGGUCCUCCGCCGCGAGACCAGGGACCACGAGACCAGGGACCGGGACCGAGACCGAGAUACGGUGAUCGUCCGAGCCGACCCACGCCGCCUCGUCGGGCUAGCCCUGCACCGCGUCCGGAAGCGAACACGGUUGGGGUGCCUCCGCAGAUUCCGCAGUUCGGUUUCCAGAUGCCAGGGUUCAGAUGA